AUGCAGCAGGCGUUCGAGACAGCAUGGGAGCUCUUGUUCGAACGAAUAGAUGCGGAUACCAAUGAUCCAGCAGACUUGGCCCUCAAGAUGCAGAUUGGAGACUUGCACGAAUACUACAGCGAGCUGCAGCGCUACAAUCCAGACUUUGCCUUCAAGCCUCCACCCUUUGUUGAAGAGAACUUCGAUGCUCGCUACACCGCUAUGCAGACCCACAUGCAAAAUACGGGCAAAGCGUACGUGUACCACAUCGAUCCUCCGCCUCCAACGACUAAAGACCUCACUGGAGAAGCCCGGGCCCGGCGCCUUGGACUUCGUGGGGUAAAAGGCGACGCUGAAUGGCAGUGGGAUAGAACACUUGGUCAAGGCGGCUUCGGACAUGCUGGGCUUUGGGAAAGGGUCGGCGAGAAUGGCGAUGUGGUUGACAGGGUCGUCGGUAAGGAAAGCUACCACGAACAUUUCACGAACCCAAGCCUGUGGUCUGGCCCGCCACUUCAUCGUGUACCCAAAGAAGGAGCUUUGAUGAAGAAGAUCAACCGUAUUCCAGAUUCUGAGAAUGUACUGCGUUGUCAGGGUUGGAGAGUGUAUGGAUUGCUGAGGGUCAUCAGAAUCUACGUUGAUUAUUGCAAGUAUGGCGAUUUGGAACAGUUGAUCGAAAUCUAUAACGACAAACGCGAGACAAAGAUUCAACAAACCGGAUCUUCUACGGACCAUUAUCUUCCAGUGAGAGUCAUUUGGGCAGUCUUCGAAUCACUCGUGGCUGCGCUCUGCCUGUUGCAUUUUGGCAGAAUGCCCUGGCAUCCGCCUAGCCCGGAAUGGGAACCAAUACUGCAUCAAGACAUCAAACCACGGAACAUUUUCCCAAGCCGCGCUGACGUCGAGCACAGCUUGCAGACUUCGGCCUUGCGACUCACGAUUGGAGCGAGCCUGGAGCUGAGUAAUCAUCGUGGACAGGAACAAUAUGCAUACGGAUCCGAAGAUGCCGACUACAACGAAUACAAUCCCAUCACUCUCAAAAGUGACAUAUGGGCAGUAGGGCGAACUGUCCUUGCUCUUAUGAAUCUCGAAAAGGCGGCAGAUGUCCAGUCGUAUAAAUUCGACUCCGAAUAUGAUCUUCCGGAUUACCACGAUGAAGCUACCGAAGCUUACUAUCCCAAGGAUCUGAGGGAUCUUGUUGAGCUUUGCUUGAGGGAUAAUCCGGCAGAACGACCUGAUGCUAUGCAGCUCUGGGCUCGAAUUCAGAUGCAUGUCGGAACAGUCAUUCGAAGAUCCUGGCUACCUAUGAAAAUGGGGCCUCGGACAAGUGACGAAAGUCUGCUUGAGUUGCCAGUCGAUGGGGCUAGGACUACACUUUAGAGCGAAGUUCAAUUGGAUAUUCAUUCUCCACCAUCAAUCACAUGCAAACCUAGUCACCAAUCAUUCCUUCUCCUUCAUCCAAUUCUGAUCAUAAAGCGACCAAAAAAAUCCCCCCUGCACCGACAAAUCUUCAUAUCCCAAUGACAAGAGUACUCCAACCCCGUCUCCUCACAAAACCCGGGUUUUUGUCUCAUCGGCACCUGACUCCUUCUAUCCGAAUUCCUACGGUUAGACACCGCCAACUCCAAACCCUCAGAAAACGCCUCCCGAUCGAGCGAGUUCGUGAAAUCCAGAAAUUUCAGGGGAGAAGUCAACUCCACGCCACACCUCACCCAGCCAUUCCCCGAACCUCGCCUUCAUAGGCAAACGCGCAAGGUGGUCGAUCCAAGAGCGUGGCUUACGUCCGCGCGAGGAAGUGGUCUUUCGACUCCAUUCCCACACCGCGUGAGGUCCGAGAUGGGAGGGAGCGAAGUCCCAGAACUCCUCACUCACGGUGACCUUUCACUCGUUUCACGUGGCGCUCGUGGAUCAGCACGUUGAAAAGGUGUCGCCAUGCCUCGUCGUUUGUGUGGAAAGCGUAUUUCAGGUUGAGGUGGAUUGCGCGGUGAGGUGAGGCGCGGCCGUGGUCGUGGAGGAAUGCUAGUGAGGUUUCGACGCGGGAUGGGAAGGUGAAUUCGCGGGCGCAGAGGUGGGGGGUUCCCAGGUGAUAGCAUUCGCGGCUUGCGAGGAGGAAGGAGGUGGUGAAGUUCAUUCUUUUGUAUUCUUCUCGGAAAAUUUCUUGAAGUAGUUGUU